UUAUUUUUAAUGUAAAACAUUUAUCAAAAUAUACAGUUAUGCUUAUUUCAUUUUUACAUAAGUAAUACUUAUAAGAAGAAAUACGUAUGUUUUUCAUUAAUUUAUUUUCAGUAUAAAAAGUACUGAAUGAAAUUAAAUUUUGCUCUUAAAUAAACAUAAUCUACAAAACAUUAAUGAAUAAUUAUUAGAUUCUGAAUAUGUAUACAAGAUACUACAAGAUAUUAUGGUUCAUGUUGAACAGGGAUUCCGUUGAAUAAAUAUUUAACGAUACGUGUUCAUUGAAUAUAGAUAACAAACAAUCAAUUGAAUUUUACAACUGUAUAAUAACCUUAUUAGAAAAAAUGUAAAAAAUGUUAGCUACUUAACCAAUAUGUUACAAAGGAGGCUGAAAUAUAUUAAAAGUUGCAGAAAUGCAAGCCCGCUACAAUGUAACGGGAAAAUGUCACUUAACAAACACGCAAAAGUAGCUCAUGAGCUGAGUUGGAAGUGGGAAGAAUACUUUAACGUGAUUAUUAAAGAGAACUCUUCAUUCAUGAUUUAUCCUUCAACAUAGUACUUAAAUUGUUAAUGAUUUUUAACAUUAAAAGGGAUUAAAUACAGAAAAAUGUUGUUUAUUGGUUCAGUUUUUGCUGUAAUCGCUAGUGCUAUCAUGUACCGUACCUCUCGAGAAAAUUGGCCUAUCAUACUUGAAAAAUUUGUAUGUCAAAUAACAUACGGGUCGCUAGCCAUUAAGGAAAUUAUUGGAGAUUGGAUGAAUGCAAAAUAUAAUAAAAAUGAUUCUUCACCUCUACCAGGAAGAAUAGCAAUUGUAACAGGCGGUUCUCGAGGAAUUGGUGUUGAAGUAGUAAAAAUGCUUCUGGAACUUGACAUGGAAGUAAUAAUAGCUUGCAGAACACCUGCAGCUGGUGAAAAAACUAUUACUUGGAUCAGAGAAUCUGGAGUUAGCACUGGACAAGCAAAAGUAUAUAAACUUGAUAAUGCAUCUUUAAAUUCUGUGAAACAAUUUGCUGCAGAAAUAAAAAAAGAUUAUGCACAAAUUCAUGUUUUAAUUAAUAAUGCUGGUGUUAUGUUUUGUCCAUAUGAAGAAACAGUAGAUGGAUUUGAACAACAAUGGGGUGUAAAUUAUUUAUCUCACUUUUUACUAACAGCUCUUUUAUUGCCACUGUUAAAAGCUGGUGGAAAUCCCCAACAGUGUAGCAGGGUUGUUAAUGUUACUUCUUGUGCUCAGCUUUUGGGCAAAAUUAACUUCAGUGAUAUUAAUUCCAGAAAUAGAUUUGUUACUCUACAUGCUUAUGCCCAGAGUAAAUUGGCACAAGAAAUAUUUACCAAAAGAUUACAAGAUCUUUUAGAAGAAAGACAAUAUUAUAUACAAACUUAUUCUGUACAUCCUGGUGUAGUAAAUACGGAACUUUUUAUAAAUUCUUUUGUAUGGAAAAUAAGAUCACUUUUUGCACGUUUUAUUAAGACUCCCAGAGAAGGAGCCAUUUCGAUUGUUUAUGCAGCCGUAAACAAAGCGGUGGAAAAUUGUGGAGGUAUAUACAUUAACAAUUGCCUUUCUAGUCCUACUCAUCCAGAUGCUACAAAUUUAAACAUUCAAAAGCAAUUGUUUGAGUUGUCUCUUCAGCAAGUACAGUUAGGUGAUUUUUUCCAAUAUGUGUAUAUAUUUAUAAAAAUGUUGUUUCUUGGUUUAAUCUUUGCGAUAAUUGCGAUUGCAUUCAUGUCUUGCAUCUUCCGAAAAAAUUUGUCUAUUGCAUUCGAAAAUCUUGUAAAUGAAAUACUGUAUAAUUUAUUCGGUAUGAAGGAAGCAAUCAAGGAUCUAAUAUUUGCAAAAUGUAAUAAAAAUGACUGCUUAUCUCAACCAGGAAGAAUAGCAAUUGUAACAGGUGGUUCUCGAGGAAUUGGUGUUGAAAUAGUAAAAAUGCUUUUAGAACUUGACAUGGAAGUAAUAAUUGCUUGCAGAACACCUGCAGCUGGUGAAAAAACUAUUCUUCAGAUCAGAGAUUCUGGUGUUAACAGUGGAAAAGCAAAAGUAUAUAAACUUGAUAAUGCAUCUUUAAAUUCGGUGAAACAGUUUGCUGCAGAAAUAAAAAAAGAUUAUAAACAAAUUCAUGUUUUAAUUAAUAAUGCUGGUAUCAUGUUGUGUCCAUAUGAGGAAACAGUAGAUGGAUUUGAACAUCACUGGGCUGUGAAUUAUUUAUCUCACUUUUUGUUAACUGCUCUUUUGUUACCACUGUUAAAAGCUGGUGGAAAUACCCAACAGUGUAGCAGAAUUGUUAAUGUUACAUCUUGUGCUCAUCUUUUGGGCAAAAUUAACUUCAGUGAUAUUAAUUUUAGGAAUAGGUACAUUGCUUAUAAAGCAUAUGCACAAAGCAAACUGGCACAAGCGAUAUUUAAUAAGAGAUUGGCAGCGCUUUUAAAAGAAAAAGAAUAUUGUGUACAAACUUAUUCAGCACAUCCUGGUAUAGUAUAUACAGAAAUUUUUGAAAAUAAUUUACUUUGGAAGGUGAAAUUAGUUAUACGAUUGUUUAUGAAGUCUCCUAGACAAGGUGCCACUUCGAUUGUUUACGCAGCCGUAAAUAAAGAGGUGGAAAAUUAUGGAGGUAUAUACAUUGGUAAUUGUCGGUCUAGUCCUCCUCAUUCAGAUGUAUCAAAUUUACAUAUUCAAAAACAGUUAUUUGAGCUGUCUCUUCAACAAGUACAAUUAGGUGAUUUUUUCCAGUAUGUAUCAUAAAGUGAUAUUUUAUUAAAUCAAUUAUUAACAAAUUGUA